AAAAAAUUAAAAAAAAAUAAAUGACUGACAGGUCAUGACUUAAAUGUGUGUGUGUCCCCAGGUAUUUGCUAUCUUAGUAAUUGUUUCCAUAUAUACAAAAGUCUCUGAACUUUCACUGUUUCUACCAAUACCUGUUCAUCACUCUAGCUUUACCAUCCUUCCUGACAUCUAGUGAGAAGAUGCCCUCACCUUGUCCUUCCUCAGGUACAGGCAGCAGUGUUUGGCUACUCCUGGAUCUUUGUUUUUCCAUAGAAAUUUUACAAUCUGCUCUUCAAGACCCAUCUACUCCCCCAAAAGAGAAAGGUGUCCUGUUGGGAUCUGAAUUGGAUUUUUUUUUUUUUUUUGUAUAUUUAAAAGAUUAUUCUUUAGAAUGUUACAGUAAGAUAGAUGAUAAACUGCAUAUAUGUGAAGUGUGUAAUUUGCUGAGUUUUGUGAAAGGAUGAACAGGCCUGUGGCUACAGAUUUACAGCACUCGUCCUCGGAAGAGGAAAAGAAAAAACGUGAAACGAAAUGGCUAGUUCAAAGACCAAAUUCCUAUAUUAUGGAUGUAAAAUGUCCAGGUUGCUCCAAGAUUAUCACGGUUCUCAGCCAUGCUCAGACUGUGGCUCUCUGUGGAGGCCCUUCAGCAGUGUCAUGCCAGCCCACAGGAGGAAAGGCCAGACUCACAGAGGGGUGUUCAUUUAGAAGAAAGCAACACUAAUGAUCCACACAACCUCUUGAAUUUGUGUUAAGUCACAGAAAGCCUUAUUAGUUCAGUAAUUCCAGUUAAUCUACCAAAAUACUGGAAUUAUGUUUAAUUUUGUAAGGUAUACAACAGUGAUCUAUUUUGGUGUCUUUUUCAAUAAAGUUUUGAUUAUGGGCAAAAAAA